AUCAAGUCCAGCUCGUUGGUCUAAAGCAUUUUAAAACGUCCAGUGCAACUGAUUCAGCGUUCAGUGUGUUUUCGUAUCCAUUACGAGUUACUAAAGUCUGUGAUCGGUUUUGUAUUCAAUACGUUAUAACCUUUUUUUUUCGCAAGCCAUAUUACACUAAGGACGUCUCUCCGUCGUCAUCGACUCAAGAUCUCCAGUACUUUAUCAUCGUCAGCCACCCGCUGUACAGUCAUCAUGUUGGUCAUCGUACCGUAUCUGCCGGCGCUGUUGCUGUUGUCUGCCGCCGUGGCCGCGCGAGCGGGUCAUUCCGUUCACGAUCCGAACGAAUAUUACAGCGAGCCCAACUAUCAUUUCAACUACGGCGUCAAGGACUUGCACACGGGUGACCUGAAGAGCCAAUGGGAGCACCGAGAGGGAGACGUGGUCAAAGGAUCGUACAGUCUGAUGGAGCCGGACGGUUCCAUAAGGACGGUCGACUAUACGGCCGACAGCCAUAACGGGUUCAAUGCGGUCGUGUCCAAGAGCGGCCACAACGUUCACCCCGCCAAACACCACCAGCAACCACAACAGCGCCAACACCACCAACAGCAACAGCAACAACUGUCGCUGCACCAGACGUACAAGCAACAACCGCAGGCGCAGCAGACUUACAAGCAACAAACGCUGGCGCAGCAGCCGAAUGCAGCGUAUCAGGUGCCCCAGCAGUACAAGCCAGCGUUGGUCGCGUACAAGCAGGCGCCGCCGUCCAAGUACCCGCCGCCGCUCCAGUACCGCGGCUUCUACGGCAAGUCUUCGCCAACGGCCACUGCGUCCGCCGUCAACUAUAUGGCGUACCCGAACCACGUGCUCCAGGAUUCCGACGUGGCCACGGCCACUCCUAAAUACUACACUGCCGCCGCCGCCGCCGCCGCCGCUCCUCAGUAUUACGCCGCGUCUCCAGCCGAAUACGACGUCCAAGCCAAAGCCGAAGCCGAAGCCGCUCCGGAGUACUAUUACUACACGUCGGCCGUGACUCCCGACGCCGAAUCUCUGGCGUCGUCCCCGUCACCGUCGCCGACGCCAGACUCGGCCAAGGCCGGUCCCGUUUUGUUCCCGGCCGACAACGCCACGGCGGCGGCUGACACCACGUCCGACCGACCUUCGGCGUCGCCCACGCCAAUCACUCUGCUCAAAUACGAACCUGCGGACAACAACGGCGGCGGCCAACCUCUGUACGCCGACUACAACUAUUACGCAUAAUCCAAGAAGUACAUACAUAUAUUGUAUAGUUAUUGUAUGUCCCCCCGUCUUCCUGCCAAAAGAGAUAUUUUUUUUAGACUUUGCUCGUAUUAAUGAUAAUUUAUAUAAUGAUUAUUGUCGCGUGUACAGUACUCCCUCUUUCCCCGCCACCCCCUUGACCCAAUCGUAAGGAUGAGCUGUUUUUUUUUUUUGAUUACGGGACAAGUCUUCUUUCGACCCGCCUUACCCAUAUAAUAUAAGUACGAAAUCGCGUUGUUUAUACUUUGUUCCAACAGAAGAAUUAUCCUCGCGUUACGUCGUUACGAUAUGUUAUUAUUGUUACAAAGUUCGGUUUUCAUAUAAAAAACCACAUUUCUAGUGAAAUAAAACGUAUACCUAGUCGCCGUGUAGGUACUCAUAUUUGCUUUCUAUACCGGUCGAGUUAUGCGUCUUCUCGCCGUUAUUUCACAUAUCCACGUUUUCCCCAUACGAGCUGUUCGAUUUUUCUACUAUGCAAUCUACCUAUAUAUUAUAUAAUUGUAAUACAUUACGUAACAGUUUUUGAAUCAAAAAUGCUGUCCGCAAACGAACCAUAUAUAUUAAUUACGUUAGUCGGACAAAACACCAUACGCAUCAUAUCAUACCUUAUUAUAUUAUAUUAUACACCUUAGUGCAAC